AAUAAGAAUUUUGCUACCCAAAAAAGUUCAUAGCCAUUAUUAUUAACAUAUUUCCUCUACCUUUCUUUCUCCUUCAAAAAUUCACCUCACCUUUUCUUUUCCCUAUUAGCUCCGAACCCGAACCUGUAAAAUGGAUCUACUCGACCCGAACCGUUUCCGCAACCGCAAGCAACCCACCCUCUCCUCGCGGGAACGCUUCCUCGGCGUCCCAUCCCACGCGCCGCGACUCGAAAACCCUUCCUCCGACGACGUCGUUUUCUCCAACAACGACGACCUAAUCGAAGACGACGUCGUUUUCUCCAACAACGUUGACUCCACCGAACCCUCUUCUUCCUCUUCUCCAAUCCCUAAUCACCACAACCACAACCACAAUAGCCACCACAAAGGCUUUGCAUACGGUCCCUCCGACGCGUCGUUCGGCAUCCUCGCCGCGCUGCCGGAGAACGACCACGCUUCUCCGAACGGUUCGCACUUCUUCCACCACAAACCCUCCGUCUCUGUCUCCGUCUCGCUCUCCUCGUCCUCCUCCUCCUCCUCCGCGCGCCUCAUUCCGGCGAUUCCGAAGCCCCCGCCGGACCGCACUCCCUCCUCCUCCCUCAAGUUCCACCAGUCCGCGCCGGUGAACGUGCCGCUUAUGCCGAUGAGAAGACACCACCACCGCGAGUUCGACGAUGACGACGGUAACGAGGACGCGGCGGAGGAGGAGAUGCUGCCGCCGCACGAGAUUGUGGCGCGGAAUUCCGCUCAGUCGCCGAUGCUGGCUUAUUCGGUUCUUGAAGGAGUAGGGAGAACGCUAAAGGGGAGAGACUUGCGUCAGGUUCGCAAUGCGGUUUGGCGCCAAACAGGUUUUCUCGAUUGAUUGAACUAUGAAGAAACGCUUUUGGAUUUUCGGUUUUGCGGUUUCAUUCUUUUAGAUAUGUUCGUUUUCCUUUUAGGAAGUGCUAAAGCCCUAAAGCCUCAAUUGAUUGUAAAAUUGAAGAGUUGGUCAAUAAUGGCUUAGUGCUUUAUUGUUGGUUAAUUGGUGUUUGAUUGCUGUAUAUCUUAUGCAAUAAUUUAUUUUUGUGGUCCAUAAUGAGCUCUAUUGGAAGAUGUUUUGCUGUUUGC